AUAAUAAAAAAUUAUCAGCUCUUGUGCCGGCAGUUUCGUGAAACACGAAAUUUCUAGAAUCAAGAUCUAGUGCUGUAAUUCUCAAUAGUUUAUAAAAUAUUUCAUUCAUUCAAUAACCCUAGUUUAAAAGAAGAUACACUAAAAUGGCAAACGCAAUUAAGAAGUUGGUUCCUCUUCUAGACCGAGUUUUGAUCAAGCGAGCUGAGGCAGUGACAAAAACUGCUGGUGGUAUAGUUAUCCCAGAAAAAGCACAAUCCAAAGUUCUUCACGGAGAAGUGGUAGCCGUCGGAACUGGCUCGAGGAAAGAAAACGGAGAAUUCAACCCCGUCCUAGUCAAAGUGGGCGACAAAGUUUUACUACCAGAAUACGGCGGUACUAAAGUAUCCCUAGACAACGACGAUAAGGAGUACCAUCUCUUCAGGGAGUCUGAUAUCUUAGCGAAGAUCGAGAAUUAAUUUUACUUUAGUUAUUAUGGUUUCGAAUUAUUCAGUUAGCUUUAGUAGUGUAUGAACAUGAUUUGUGAUUGUGUAAUAUGGUCAAAAUGUUGUGAACAAAGUGUUAUCUUCGCAUUUAUUAUAAUACUGUUAUAAAAA